AUGCCCCCAAACUACCUCGAAGAAACCGUCGAAGACGAAAUAGAAAAACUUCGCAAUGGGAUCGAACGCCUCAACGUCAAAAUCCUACACAACAAAAGAUCCUUAAACCGUAUCCAAGCUCGCAAAGCCCGUUCCAUCAAAAAAUGCCACACUAAGAUCGCCCUCAAGCUUAACCAGAUCGCCGCGCUAAGUCCCAAAUCCGAUCCAGCCACAAACAAGAAGGGUGAUCAAGACUCAUCAUCUACCACAAAGAACGAAUCGGAAGAGGAACAGUUACUCGUUAGUACAAACUGGAAUAAACCCACCAAGAAACAGGUAGCAUGGCAACUUGAACGACAUAUCCAAUGGGAGACCCGAAACCCACCCUGGAAAAACCGCGGCGAUCUACACAAGAUCCUGGAUCUACGAACUGGAGCUGAACUCGAGCAGGGAAUGCCUCUUGGAGCUGGGAAUACGAGUCUGAAUCCGAAGUACUGUCGUCUUGAUCCGCAGGGAUACAAAUGGGGACUUCCUGCUUCGGCGCUCUUGAAUUAUGCAAGAAAGUUCUUUGUUGAUCCGGAAGAAUGGAUUCUUAUGGAUAAGCCGAGGUCUGUGCUCAUUUCUAUGGAGUCUUGGUUCUUUUCACUUUCUGAUGAACAGAGAGAUGAACUUCCUGAUUGCGCGAAUGAAUGGACUGGGAUGCCGGAGGCUACUAAUUUGAUGUGGAAUCAAGCAGCUCAGGUGGGGGAACUUAAAUGA